AUGAAGAUGACAGAUCCGUCGACGCUGUUUCAGCCCUCGGACGCCAGCAGCAGCGUGCGCAAGCUGACGCACAACCCGGCGUCGUCGUGGCGCAGCUAUGUAUUCAUGCACGUGCUGCUGCGAGCGGCAAUCUGGCUUCGCCAACGACGAGCGCGCCAAGCUGGUGACGGCAACCUCCAUCCGCCCGGCCCACAAGACUUUUCCGAGCUUCUGAAAGAGUACGAGACGGGCAAGAACAAGUAUGCUCGACAGCACGGUGUGCGGCUGGACUGGUACCUGCCUGCGUCCGAGUCGGAGCUAUUUGGCUCGAUGUCUGGCUUCGACUGGAGUGCGAUCCGGGUGCUUCGAUUCCAGCCCAAAGCGGGCGCGACGAAUGCGCAGCGCACGAUCAUCUACUUGAACGGCGGCGGGUUUGUACAGCCAGCGACGACGGCGCAUAGCUACAUGUGCAGCUUGCUGGCGCAUCGUCUGAAUGCCGUUGUCUACAUGUUCCCCUACGAACUUGCGCCAGCCGGGAUUGCUGCCAGCGAGCUGCCGCGACUGACGGCAUUCUACCUUGCCAUCUCGGCGCACGCUCGAAGCUUGGGUCACGAGAUCAUCGUUGCAGGCGACAGUGCGGGUGGUUCGAUCGCAUCCAGCAUGCCACUGUGCAUCCAGCGAUUUGCACCUCUGCUUCUUGCCAAGCCAGCGCUAUCGACGGAAGAGAUCGGCAAAUUGCAGCCAGAUCAGUUGAUCCUCCUUGCACCCGUGACCACAUGCAAUGUCACAGGAGACAUUGUGGAGCAUAUGGAUCGCAUGCAGGCGCAAGACUGGUGGCUGGAUCGAAAGCGGGUGCAGGAGCUCUGCAAGCUGUGGGUGGGAUCGCAAUCGGUGCAGGACACGGCUGUGGAGCAAGUGGCAUCUGCCUCCGAAGUGGAUGCUGCGGCUGAAAAAUGGCGUCAAGUUCUGCCGUUGCAAGCCGAUGAUGCCAUGCUGGACACGAUCGCAUCCUCGUCCCUGUUCGAGCUGCUGCAAGAGGCCAAGGUUCACGUCACUCUGUCGUGCGGCACAUCAGAUAUUCUGUACGCCUGCGCCUACUACUUUGCCAAGCGAUGCGAACAACACCAGGUCGACUGCACUUUCAUCGAAGGCACGGGCGGCGUUCAUGUGUAUCCGAUCUUGGGCUUCUUUAUCGGCGAUCCAGGGUGCAUCAAGGGGUCGGAUCUGGUGGUUCAGAGCGUGCUCAAGGCGAGUCGGUUCGAGUAA